AAGCGCUCUGCUCAUUCUCCAGUCGUGCGAGUCGGGACUCUUGUACUGAGCUGCGCUGUUGCAGAAAGCAGGCAGGGAAAACAAAAUAAGUUAUUUCUGACUUUAUCCUGCCCCUUUCCCGUGCCGGUUUCCUGUGACCUCCCCUUUAAACAAGCUUAGGAAAAAAAAGGUUUCUGCCUUCCUUGGUAUUCGAGUGCAAACCGCGCUCUCAAACAAACCCAAGUGGCAGCUGGAGCUCCCGGUCAGGGGCAGGUAGCGGGUACACUGGAGGCAUUUUCUGGGGCUUAUCAUCUACUAGCUGGGAUCACGGCCGGAGCUGAGCGACGCAUCGGCAGAGCGAUUGAGAGCAAUGGCGGACUGGAGCUUGCUGGAGAAGCUGCUGGGGGAGGUGCAGGAGCACUCCACGGGGCUGGGGCAGGCCUGGCUCACCGUCCUGUUUGUGUUCCGCGUGCUGGUGCUGUGCACGGCUGCCGAGUCUGCCUGGGACGACGAGCAAGCUGACUUCACCUGCAACACCCUGCAGCCGGGCUGCCAGCCUGUCUGCUACGACCGCUGCUUCCCCAUCUCCCACUUCCGCUACUUCGUGCUGCAGAUCAUCUUUGUGUCCACUCCCACCCUGCUCUACCUGGGGCACGUGGCCUGGAGCGCGGGCCGGCUGAGGAAGAGGGGGGAGGAGGAGGGGGGAGCUGAGCUCAAAGGGGUGCUGAUGUUCCCCUACACCCUGAGUGUCGUCUUCAAGGUGAUCUUGGAAACAGGCUUCCUCCUGGGGCUCUGGUUCCUCUACGGCUUCACUAUCCAGCCCCUGUAUGUGUGCCAGGGCUUCCCCUGUCCUCACCAGGUAGACUGCUACGUGUCGCGCCCCACCGAGAAGACGGUCUUCACCAUCUACAUGCAGGGCAUCGCCGUGGUGUCCCUCCUCCUCAACCUGAUCGAGCUGCUCCACCUCCUGGCUGGGGGGCUCAUGAGGAAGGCUGGCAGGCUCUACUGGGGGGGCAGGCAGGCCAAGGGGCCACCGCUCAAGCCAGGCCUCCCCGAGAACGGACUGAUCUGCCUGCAUUCCAGCGGACCCCCCACCAGUCCCCUGCAGAACUGGGCUUGCCAGGCAGACCAAAGGACCACAGCCCCCCAGUUUGACCAGUUGCCCCAGUACGGAGCCUGCGUCGGCCCAGCGAAGGCAGCUACCUCUAAUAAGCCUGUGGAUCGAAGGUCGGAAAGCAGAGGCUCUGAGGCAGAGAAGAGGCAGUAUGUUUAAGGCACUGUACUGUAUAACACAGUCUUGGUAUGGGGACUGCAUGGGUGUGUUGUACAAGGCUGUGGCUGGACUGCCAGACAGACAGACAUUGGGCCAGGUCCUCUGGCUAGCUCCUCUCUGAGUUUGCACUAGCCAGGGGAGCAGAUAGGCGUAGUUGCUUGGUUUGGUCACCAAGUAGCUCUGUGUGCUAGCAAAACAAAUGAACCAGUAAAAGUCCAGUUGGAAAAAAAAAUGAUAAAAACAGCGUUAAAGGGGAGGGAUAGAAGCAGCGUUAAAGGGGAGGACAGAUGACAAUGUUUUGGAGUUUUUUGCACAUUCCUAGCAGCAGCUUGGCAAUGCAUCCUCUAAAGAAAGCAUUGGCAGGCGCUGGAGGAUGGCAGCCAGGCAUGUUCUGUACUGUGAGCACCUCUAACCCAGUGAUUCUUAAAGCACUGCACAGUCACAGUAAAGAUCCGAAAGAUAUCCUGCUAACACUCAUAACCCUAUACCAGCCAGGCCCACAGCGUGGCAUUGACAGCUUAAUACAAAAUACAAGGAUCUCGGUACCAGGUUCUGUACGGCUAGUGAAAGGUGGAUAGGGUCUGAGUUUGAAAACAUAGACAGAUGGGAAGCGUUUUUGGUGUUAGCUCUUUUUAUUUUUACUGAAUGCUCCGUCCAGGGCAGAGUUUAAAUGCAUUAUCUGAGUCACGCUGUCUCCUCAAACAGAAGUGGAGGCCCUCACUCUAGGACAGGAACCGAUUGAAAAAAUAGAGGAUAUCCUCCAGGUUUAGGAUCAUACUCACACUCACAGCUGCCCCGGUGUCUCGAGUUCGUUUAGAAAAUGAAUGCGGCGCAGGAACGCAUCUCAAAGGACGUGCAGCAGAUAAAGGCACCUGCUUCUGUUUAAAACUGAACACAGAGAAUAAAACAGACCACAGGAGUCACUUAACAUCCUGACUGAACAUUCAGGGCCCCCUGUCUUUAGGGUAAGAACUGGGAUUUGAUGCAUUUGUUGAUAAUGUUAUUAAAUAAAACGAUGGAAGUGAAAGAGUUGCUUUGCCGUUUGUCUUUCUCUCUCAUGAAACCUCUCUUCUUGUGAGCUGAUUGGUCAGCAACAGGAAAUGGCACAUGAGGAUUUGUAAAACACAAGGGAUUUUCAUGGUCCAGAUUCAACAACAGCAUCAGGAUACUCAUCCAUCACAGAAAUACAGCACGAAGAAAAACAGCCGAAACGCUGUAGCGAAUUAGUAGAAC